CUGUGCAUCGCCUCAAAGCUUCCCCCUUCCAGGCGAACCAUGGCAGGUUUCCAUCAUGACGUUGAUGGCGCAACACUCGGACGGCGCGACACGGAGGAAGUACUCCUUCUGCGGUUACACUAGAAAUAUUUGAGUUGUCUGUUUACCUCUUCAACAACAAUCUUUCCUUGUCUGGUCUAAACCCAAGACCAUCUUCAGGCUUUUUUUCUUCCUUUUAUUGCGAUCCCUUCAGAGUAUCGUGUCUUUAUAUUGUUGAGCGCCCAACACAUAUUCGGUGCAGCACCAUGCCAUUAUACCUUUCUCUUAUCUUUAAAGAACUUUUGGACAAGUGAACAACUUCAGCAAUAUUUGGUCGAAUAUCGAAAGGAACAUCCUCAACCGCCAUGUCCGUCGGGGUAAACAAGCUGCCCUGUGAGGGCUCAUCCGAAGAAGCAGUGGUCGAGUUUACCCAUCAAUCAGAAAAGCUGUCCUACCAGCCGCCAGGUAGCCCGGACAACAAAGGUGUCGCCGUCGAAGCCAUCUUUGUCGCACCCCAAGACCCCGUUAUCGUCACGUCGGAUGGAAACCGAUUACCCGCCGUGCCGGCGACCGAAGCCUACAAGCUUAACGUGUUGAGGCACGAAGCCGAAAGACACGAUGGAGUUAGGGUACAUGUUAGGGAAGCCAGUCGGCCGCGCGAUACGGUCAAGGAAACAGAAGAUUCAGAAGGAGACAGAGUCCUCAGUUUUCCCCGCGAAAAGGAUGAGAAGAAGCGCUCGGACUCGACCGACGGCAACCUCAAGAGGUCGAUGCCUCCUUCCUCUACGCACCCUCUGUUCCCGCCCUUGCCGCUCUACGGCCCGUCAUCGCGCUGGCGAGACAUCCACUGUCUGCUGUUUCGCUUCACCUCCUUCUUCCUCAGUCUGGCAUUCCUGGGCGUCAUUGUCCUAGGCUCCCUCUUCACCAGCAUACCACCCGCAUUCCAGUACAUAUGGAAGCGGCUGAAUUCCAAAGAUCCAGAUGCCGACCGACCAUUUUACAAGGAGGAGAUUCGACGGAAGCAAUUGCGAGAGCAACAAGUCCGCCGGUGGAGGCGCAGGAGGUCGGCGAGCCACCUCGACCACGAAGACAGUGAAGAUAACGACGAAGGCGAUAGUGACGUCAAGGCCGUGGGUCCCGACCCCAUCGUGUGCGACAUAGGCUUCUAUGCCCGCCGUGUCGGGCUUGAUGUUGAGACUCAUCUUGUCGAAACCGAAGAUGGGUUCAUCAUCGAGCUUUGGCAUGUGUACGAUCCCGAAGAGUACACUCCACUACCCGAGGAGGAGCGGCGACACAAGGGCCCCGACCUGUUCACAGGCAAAGCCAGGAGGGAACCAGGCCAAACCAAGAACGACAAGAAACCCAAGUUCCCCGUCCUUCUUAUGCAUGGCCUCCUCCAAUCCUCGGGCGCCUACUGCGUCAACGACGAAGACUCGCUUGCCUUCUUCCUCUGCAAGUCCGGCUACGACGUCUGGCUUGGCAACAACCGAUGCGGCUUCAAGCCGCGCCACGUCUUGCUCGAGUACUCGGAUCCGCGCAUGUGGUGCUGGAAUAUUCGUCAGAUGGGCGUCUUUGACCUGCCCGCCCUGACCUCGCGUGUCUUGUACGAGACCGGCUUCAAAAAGAUCGGACUGAUUGCACACUCUCAGGGCACCACCCAAACAUUUGUUGCCCUAGCCAAAGAACAGCGACCGGAUCUGGGUGAAAAGCUCACCGUCUUUUGCGCCCUCGCGCCGGCGGCGUAUGCGGGCCCCUUGAUCGGCAAGAUGUAUUUCAAGUUCAUGCGCGUCAUCACCCCCGCCAUGUUCCGCAUGCUGUUCGGCAUCCACGCCUUCAUCCCCUUCAUGAUGACGAUGCACUCGCUGCUCCACCCGCACGUCUACGGCUGGCUUGGGUACAAGGUCUUCUCGUUCCUGUUCAACUGGACCGAUCGCCGCUGGGACCGGGACCUCAAGAACAGGAUGUUCCAGUUCGCGCCCGUCUACGUCAGUGCCGAGUCGAUGCGAUGGUGGUUGGGUAGGGAGUGCUUUGCUAAGCACAAGUGUAUCCUGGCCACCAAGGAGGAAUGGAGGGCAGAGGAGAAGGAGGAUCGGGAGCUGGAUAAGCUUGAUAAGGAGGAGAGAAGUCGGAACGAGAAGAAGGCCGACAAGAUUCUCAAGGCGGCAGAGCGCGAUAUGGAGGGCAAUAAAGAGUCGGAGAAGUCGAAGCAAGCGGCUCGCAGGAUGAGGCCCAAGGGCUCAAGGGCUUGGUACAACCACCAAGCACCGCCGUUCGCCCUUUGGGUGUGCGGAAACGACGCUCUGGUGGACGGGACCAAACUCCUCAGGAGGUUUGAUCGCGGACGUGAGCCGCAUGUGAAGGUGGUCCACAAGAAGGUCAUCGAGGAGUAUGAGCAUCUGGACGUCAUCUGGGCGAUGGAUGCCGUGGACCAGGUGUUCAAGGAGAUCAGGGAGGUGUUGUGGAAGACCUGCAACGCCAGAGAUCUGUGCCGUGUUCCCGAGGGUUGCGAGGAUGUACCGGCCUGGGAUCCGGCCGGAAACGAAGAUACCAAAAAAGAGGACGAUGAUGAUGGGAUGGAGUCGGAUUCAAAUUCCAGCAGUGGCGAUGAGGAUGAGUCUUCGUAGACUGGGGACCUGUUCAAGUUACUGUCAGGUGGUUAUAUGAUACCCUGGAGGAUUGGUUACUGUCAGUGGGCGGUGAUGCAAAACCAAUGGGAUGUUUUGCGUCGACUUUGGAUUCGGGAAAGGGAUAGGAGUUAUAGGAUGCGUAUGGCUUAUACACGGGGCCAGGAUAGAUAAGAUCUGCUUA